CUUCCACUUCGACUUCGAGCGAGGUCCCGAGUUAAGUUGAUGGACCUAAUUGAUAUUUCAUAUUUUGUAAACAUACCUACAUAACAUAAACUUUAUUUUUUAGGAUUGUAAUUUUGUUAGAAUAUAAUGAAUGCUAUAAAAUUACGCGACUACAAACUUAAGUGUUAACGUAAAUUGUAAUAAGUUUAAAAUAUAUUUAUUAAUGUAUAGGUAAAUCGAGAUUGUAAUAUAAUGAUCCGUCAAGGAAGCAUUGAUGACAUUAAUGCCCAUCAGUUCCUAAAAAUUGCUAAUUACGAAGAUACAGUGCGGCAGUUGGAUAUAUAUUAUGCUAUUGUUAAAAGGCAAUUAUUAAGGUUCCAAAGUCCAAUAACAGGUUUAUUCCCCGUACUUUCCUCUGAUUUACAUGUUGGAAGUGUACGGGACAGUAUUUAUUGUGCAGCUGCGGUAUGGGGACUAUACCAAGCUUACAGGAGAAUAGAUGAUGAUAGAGGGAAGUCUCACGAAUUAGGCCAGAGCACUGUAAAAUGUAUGAGAGGUAUUUUAGAAUGUUGGAUAAAACAAGCGUCAAGAGUGGAAGCCUUCAAGACCAGGCAAUGUGCAGCUCAUGCAUUACACGUAAAAUUCCACCUGACCACAGGGGAUCCUGUACUGUCUGAUGAAGAAUAUCAUCACUUACAAAUUGAUGUGGUGUCAUUGUAUUUGAUAUUUCUUGUGCAAAUGAUUACAUCGGGAUUGCAGAUAAUCUAUACACAGGAUGAAGUUGCAUUUGUGCAGAACUUAGUUUACUAUGUAGAGCGUGCAUAUAGGACCCCUGACUAUGGCAUGUGGGAGAGAGGAUCAAAAUACAAUGAUGGCAAGCCAGAAAUUCAUGCUUCUUCUAUAGGCAUGGCAAAAGCUGCAUUGGAAGCCAUUAAUGGCUGCAACUUAUUUGGAGAUAAAGGAGCGUCAUGGAGUGUAGUGUACGUAGACAUUGAUGCUCACAACCGUAACCGUAGUAUAUUUGAAACGAUGCUGCCUCGUGAAUCCAGCUCAAAGGGUGUUGAUGCGGCUCUGUUACCAACAAUAUCGUUUCCGGCGUUCGCAACCCAUGAAGAAAUACUAGUACAACUGACAAAAAAUAAUAUAUUGGACCGCUUGCAAGGCAAAUAUGGUUUUAAGAGGUUCAGUCGCGAUGGAUUCAAGUGUGUCCUGGAGGAUGGAAAUAGACGCUACUAUAACGAAGGAGAACUGAAGGAGUUUGACGGAGUGGAGUCUGAGUGGCCAUUGUUUUAUGUGCUGAUGAUUAUUGAUGGGGUGUUUCGCACACUGCCUGACCAAGUUGAAGAGUACCAGAAGCUGUUGAAGUCCAGAAUCUAUAUGGAUGAGUUUGGAGAUCCCGUCAUACCUUGGUACUAUUAUGUACCCAGCGACGGAAUCGAAAAUGAAAGGAACGAUCCUUACUCUGUGCGCAGACUUCCUGCAAGUGAACAUGGCGAUUGUGAUAAUAAAGAUAGUGGCGGAUUGUUCUUGUGGGCACAGUCGCUGUUCGUUCUCGCUCAGUUGUUGACCGGCGGACUGCUCCACGUCAACGAAUUAGAUCCGAUCAGGCGAUAUUUACCUUCGUACAACCGCCCCCGUCGCGCUGGCAGAUACUCUGCUUUCCAGGGAAUAGCGACAGAUCUGGUGGUACAAGUGGUGUUGAUCGCAGAAUCCAUGCGGCUCCAGGCAAUGAUGGGAACAUAUGGGAUUCAAACGCAAACACCCCAUGAGGUAGAACCGGUGCAGGUGUGCAGCUCUACUCAGUUAGUUCAUGUGUACAGAGAGCUUGGCGUAUGUCCUAAAUUAAAGCUCACAGGGCGUCCUAUUCGACCGGUUGGAUCCUUGGGUACAAGUAAGAUAUACCGAGUGUGCGGUAUGACAGUUCUCUGCUACCCGUUGAUAUUCGAGGUGUCCGAGUUCUACCUCUAUAGAGACAUGGCGCUGCUCAUCGACGAUAUCAAAACGGAGUUGCAGUUUGUUGGAAAGUACUGGCGGCUAUCCGGUCGCCCCACAGUGUGCCUGCUGGUCCGCGAGGAGCACAUGCGAGAUCCUCACUUCAAACAGAUGCUGGACCUGUUCGCAAUGCUCAAGAAGGGCCACUGCGACGGUGUCAAAGUGAGACUCGGUCGCUUGCAGAACCUGAUAUCCAGCUCUUGUAUCGAGCACCUGGACUUCAUGAGCCAGGGCGAGUUCCCGUCGGAAAUGUUCACCCAGUUCAAGCAGUUGCAGCACGACUACAUCGGAUACCAGUCGCUGACGGACGUGCCGCGCACGCUCACCUACAGGGAACCGGAGAUCAGCUACGAGUCUUAUAAGCACAGGUCGACCCCGGAUGUCGUGUCAGCCUUGCGUUCAACAGAUAAUAUAUUCGCCCAGUCCCAGCUCUGGGGUAUUUUGAUGGAAAGGGAGGGCCCCAUGUAUGAGGUGAACGGAAUGAGCGCGCUGGAAUCACUGAAGAGUCUGUACCACAGCGCGGGGGUGUUACGUCACUGGAAGGCGGUCAGGUAUUGCUCGUCUCUCCUCAACCACACGGUGGACUCCAUCAGCCCGUUCAUCACGACCGUGCUCGUCAACGGUAAACAGUUAACGGUGGGUGUGAUCGGCCAGAAAGAGACAGUGUUUGAUAAACCCAUGACCCCGGGUGAGAUCCAGUCAGUGAUGUAUUCUACGAUACAACCCUAUGAUGUCAUUGGAGCUGUCAUGCAACAGGAAGUGGUGCUGUACUGUGGAAGAUUAAUAGGGACAAAUCCGGACAUGUUCCGGGGGGUGCUCAAGAUAAGAGUGGGCUGGGUGCUGGAAGCCAUCCGCAUCUACCUCCAGAUAUUUCCCGACGAGAUCAAACGCGACGCCACCCUCGAGAGCCUCUCCCCGUACAAGCUGCGCACACUCCUCCACCGGGUGUUGACAGUCUCCGACUGGGCGGACGAGAAGGGACUAACGCCACUACAGAGACGGCAGUUGGAAGGUUGUUUGUGUCGAGUCCCGAAACAUUUCUAUGUUCAAGUAUGGGACAUUCUACUGAGAACUCCUAAAGGAAUUAUAGUACAGGGCCAGGCGAUCCCGGCGUCGCCCACGCUCGUGAACAUGUCCCGCUCGGAGCUGUCGUUCGCGCUGCUGGUGGAGGCGGCGCUGGUGCGCGUGCCGUGGGCGGCGCGGCGCCAGCUGUGCGUGCAGCUGCUGGUGGUGGUGGCCACCAUCCUGCGCCGCAACCCGGAGCUGUACCUGCCGCACCCGCUGUGCCUCGACCAGCUGCUGGAGGACGCGCACUCCACCUACGACAAGGACUGUGAAGAGUCGGGAACUAAAAGUGAGUGCGGGUUGUCGGGCGCCACGGGCAGUGUGACGAUGGGCUACCUGGCGCGGGCCGUCGUCAACAACGUGCUGCAGGCGGCCUCCUCGCACGCCGCGCCCGCACACAACUCGCACGACACCUGCCUGCUGGUGUAGGGAGACAGUGAUAUGAUGACAAAUCAUGAGGUUGUGAAACUCCAGAAGCACACAUGGUUACUUGUAAUAUUUGGGAUCUCUGUGAAAGGCAAAUUCGGAAGAUUUCUCUAGUAUAUUGCAAUUAACAGUGCCAUAAUAGACAAAUUAUUAGGCUUAUUCACUAAGUAGAGUCUAAUCCCACAGAUGGUGGGAACUACAUCUUUAUAUUUAUCUGUGGCAUCUCACUCCACAUUCUUCUCUGUUGUGUUAUUAUUUUAUGAUGACCUUUGCAUUGUUAAGUAUUUACUUCCCGCAAUAAAUGGUCACAUUGAGAGAAUCUAAGAAAUUGAUAAUAGAUUGUGCAUCCGAAAAUUGUCUAUUUGCAUUAUUCUAAAUUUAAAUACAACUAAAUAAUUGAUUGUAUAGGCAACAGAUUGCAUUGUUAUUAUCAAUCUAUUAUUUCAAUGUAAAUUAUUUCAUAGCAUAUGUUAUCUCAAAAUAUAUCCUAUAACAUGUGGUAAUUUUAUCAUUCAAUUAACGACUGUUCCCAAUAUUCAGUCUAUCUCUUACUUGAGAUAAAAAUCGUAACUAUCAUUGACUUUUCUAUCCCAAUCAACUUAUUGAUGGUAACUCACCUUAUCCAUACAUGCUGUCUGUCAAUGGAAGGACGUAUAGCCUACCAGCGAUAGAAGAUUGUUUGAAAAUUGCAAUUCAGGCUUCCCAAUAUAAGGCGAUAAGAGUGACUUAUUGGGUAUAUUGGGACAGCUUCAGAUUAUCGAUAAGGUACUGACUGUUGAAGGUAGUUAUUUAUUACUAUCUGUAGAUAGUAUAUUGGGAACGGCCCUUAGAGAGAUAAAAGACAUAAUUAUCAGAAAUACUUAUAUUAUGAAGCUAGUUUCUAAGUAGAUUUUUAUAGUAUGUUAAUAAAUAAAACUAUGUUAUCAA